GAGAAUCUUUUCUCUUCCUUUCUAUAUAUAUAUUGAAAACAAUCAGAUCCUAUCCACAGUUUGCAACCUCUAUCCUUAAUUAAGAGAGAAUUUUGGGACGGUUAGGUGAAGAAAUCAGCUUUUACGGUUCAUGGGUACCCAUUAUGAAGACGAAGAGAGACUCGAGGAAAGAUUGCUUUUGGAAGAUGGGUUAGUCAAGGAUAGAAUCAUCAAUGGAGAAGGAUACACCGGGGAUGGUUCAGUUGAUAUUAAGGGAAACCCUGUUUUGAGGAGCAAGACAGGAAAUUGGAAAGCUUGCCCUUUUAUUCUUGGUACCGAGUGCUGUGAACGUUUAGCCUAUUAUGGGAUCGCUACGAAUCUCGUAAGCUAUCUUACUAAAAACUUGCAUGAAGGAAAUGCAACUGCUGCAAGAAAUGUGACUACAUGGUCAGGAACCUGUUACUUAACUCCACUUAUUGGAGCAGUUUUAGCAGAUGCUUAUUGGGGAAGAUAUUGGACAAUACUUGCUUUCUCAACUAUCUAUUUCUUUGGAAUGUGUACAUUGACACUAUCAGCAACAAUUCCAGCAUUCAAGCCAGUUGAAUGUGUUGGUUCCUCAUGCCCUUCAGCUUCCUUUCCUGAGUACGCAGUGUUCUACUUUGGUCUUUAUCUGAUUGCACUUGGAACCGGAGGUAUCAAACCUUGUGUUUCAUCGUUCGGAGCUGACCAAUUUGAUGACACUGAUCCUAUAGAGAGGGUAAAGAAGGGUUCCUUCUUUAACUGGUUCUACUUCUCUAUUAACAUAGGUGCCUUAGUCUCAAGCAGUUUAAUUGUUUGGAUUCAAGACAAUGCUGGAUGGGGAUGGGGUUUCAGUAUUCCUGCUUUGUUCAUGGGUAUUGCUAUUUUGAGUUUCUUUUCUGGAAGUCCUCUUUAUAGGUUUCAGAAACCUGGUGGAAGUCCUCUUAAGAGAGUUUCCCAAGUUUUGGUUGCUUCGUUUCAUAAGUGGAAGCUAAGAGUCCCGGAACAGGACAGUCUUCUUUAUGAAACUGAAACCUCCACUAUUGAAGGAAGCAGGAAGCUGGAACAUACAAAUGAGUUGAAGUUUCUAGACAAAGCCGCAAUAGUUUCAGAAGCUGAAAGCAAGACCGGGUAUUUACCAAACCCUUGGAGACUUUGCACCAUCACACAAGUCGAAGAAUUAAAAAUCUUAAUCCGCAUGUUCCCCGUUUGGGCAACCGGAAUUGUAUUCUGCGCAGUUUACGCACAAAUGUCCACGAUGUUUGUCGAGCAAGGCAUGAUGAUGGACACAACCGUCGGUUCCUUCACCAUUCCCGCUGCCUCUCUCUCGACUUUCGAUGUCAUAAGCGUAAUUUUCUGGGUUCCAGUCUACGACAGGUUCCUAGUCCCAAUCGCGAGAAAAUUCACAGGAAACGAAAGGGGUUUUUCGGAAUUACAAAGAAUGGGAAUUGGCCUAUUCAUUUCGGUCUUAUGCAUGUCGUCUGCUGCUCUUCUAGAGAUGAAGAGGCUUUCGAUUGCUCGAGAGAUGGGAUUGGUCGAUCAAGAUGUGGCGGUCCCACUUAAUAUCUUGUGGCAGAUUCCUCAGUAUUGCCUUUUGGGUGCGGCUGAAGUGUUUACUUUUAUCGGUCAGCUCGAGUUUUUCUACGAUCAGUCGCCUGAUGCUAUGAGGAGCUUGUGCAGUGCUUUGGCUCUUCUCACGACUUCGUUGGGGAACUAUUUGAGCUCGUUUAUUUUGACAGUUGUGAUGUCUCUUACAACUGUGGGAGGGAAAGGCGGUUGGAUUUCGGAUAAUUUGAAUAAUGGACAUCUUGAUUACUUCUUCUGGCUUCUAGCAGGGCUUAGUUUGAUCAACAUGAUUUUCUAUGUUUUCUGUGCUAGGAGUUAUAAGCAAAAGAAAUCUGCUUGAUUAAACUUCGGUUCGAUUUCGAUUGUACUCUACAAGUUGAACUUUCCUUUACUUUUAUUACAGUCGAUUUACGCCAAGAAUUGUAACAAGACUUUCUGUCUGUAAUAUUUGUUAUAAAUUAUAACAAUGUGAAUAUAAAUGCUAUUACUA